CUUUAAAAUAUAUAAAAAAAUUGCAAAAAAGGACAGUAUGGUAAUACUUAGGUUUUGGCAUUUUUACGAAUUGUAUGUAUAUAAUGUAUCCAAAUUGCGCAUGCGUUUUGCGCAGGUUAAUAUAAUAAAUGUAAAGACGCAUAAAUCUACGAACAUUAAUUGGCGUUUAUUGUGUAAUGUCCGACAAUUAAUCGCAUUAGAAAUGACAGUUUUUUUGAACUUCCGUUUAUUUAUAAGUAUUUUAAUUUUAAGGGAAGCUUGCCCAAAAAAUUCAGAAGAGAAAGUGACAAUGGCAGACAAAUAUCUCCUAAGUGAUGAGUACAUUAUACAAUUUAGCAGAGCCCUGAGCAGAGGUCCUUAUUUUGAUACGUCUGCAACAAAAAAUGUUACAUCUUUAGUUGGAAAAACAGGUCAUCUGAACUGUCGCAUAAAAAAUCUUGGAAACAAAACGGUGUCAUGGAUACGCCAUAGAGACUUACACCUCCUAACUGUUUCUGAGAGCACAUAUACUUCGGAUCAGAGAUUUACUUCAAUUUACAACAAGCAAACUGGAGAUUGGUCCUUACAGAUAAAGUUUCCUCAACUAAGAGAUUCAGGAAUCUACGAAUGUCAAGUGUCAACAACACCGCCAGUGGGGUAUACCAUGAUAUUUUCAGUUGUAGAGCCCAUCACAAGUAUUCCUGGAGGCCCAGAGAUUUACAUCGAUUUAGGGUCAACGGUUAAUUUAACUUGCGUGAUCAAACAUCUGCCUGACCCACCCAUCUCAGUGCAUUGGACUCAUAACAAUCAGGAAAUAAACUAUGAUUCACCAAGAGGAGGUGUGUCCGUUAUAACUGAAAAAGGAGACAUAACAACAUCAUACCUAUUGAUUCAACGUGCAAGAAUUGCUGAUUCAGGAAAAUAUUCUUGCUUACCAUCAAACGCAAACCCAAUGUCUGUAAAUGUUCACAUUUUAAAGGGUGAUCAUCCAGCAGCAGUACAAAAAUCGUCUAAUUUAAUUUCAGACUCUCUAAAUGUGUUAUUUCUGCCUAUAUUACUAACCUAUUUAGUUUUAUAAGUACAAUGUAUUGUUAUUAAUUAUCAUUGUGAUUAAACAUUUGAGAAAAAGAA